AUAUUGGACAUUAUCAUAUCAUCCAUUGACACCAAAAUCUUAACAUCAACUAGAUAGCCACUACCCAAAUUAAACAUGCUGCAGGGAGGUGCUAAGUUUGUAUCCAAUUGGGAAACUGUUGAAUCGGUACCCGAAAGUUAUGUGUAUCCGCCGGAGAAGAGGCCCGGUAACAUUGUUGUUCCGAUGGCGAAAGCCAUUCCAGUAAUUGAUCUAUCUAUCCGUGAUCGAACCCUUCUCGUUCGUAAAAUCCUUGAUGCUUCGAAAGAGUUCGGAUUUUUUCAGAUAAUAAACCAUGGAGUGUCGAAAAAGGUAUCGGAGGAAACAAUGAGGAUAUUCAAGGAAUUUCACGCGAUGUCGGGGCCAGAGAAGGCGAAGGAAUGCUCUAAAGACCCAAACAGAAGUUGUAGAGUUUAUACAAGCAGUGAGAAUUAUACGAAGGAACAAGUUCACUGUUGGAGAGAUGCUUUGAUUUUCAAUUGUCAUCCAUUGGAGAAAUAUGUUCAUUUUUGGCCUCAAAAACCCCCCAAAUACAGGGAAGUGGUUGGAGCGUAUUGUAUGGCAAUGAGAAAGUUAGUUUUGGAGAUAUUAGAGUUGAUGAGUGAAGGGUUGGGACUUGGAAAAGGGUACUUUGGAGGUGAAAUGAGUGAAAAUCCAUUGUUGUUGGUAAACCAUUACCCACCUUGCCCAAACCCUAGCUUGACUUUGGGAUUGAGCCAACAUUGUGAUCCAAGCCUUAUCACUAUUUUGUUUCAAGAUGUCAAUGGCCUUCAAGUCCUCAAGGAUGGUCAAUGGAUUGGUGUUCAACCUAUCGAUAACGCCUUUGUGGUUAACAUUGGCUUCGUUUUACAGAUAAUUACCAAUGGGAAGCUACAAGCAGCAGAACACCGAGCAGUGACGAAUUCGAAAACAUCUCGACAAAGCUUAACAUAUCUAGUUUAUCCAAAAGAUGAAGCAAUGAUGGAACCAGCAAAAUGUAUGAUAAACGAAGCCAACCCUCCACGUUAUCGCUCCCUUAACUUCAAAGACUUUCAAAGAAAUUACCUGCCCAGAGCUGUUGAUACUAAGGCAGUGAUGCAGUAUAUUGAAACCAAUCAGUCUUAAACUUCUUUCAUUUUCUUUCUUUUUUUUCUCUGUUACAAGAAAUAACAUAUAUAUAUAUAUAUAUAUAGUAUCAUCAAAUAACACUUUACUACAAAAAGACGACUAGAGAUGUACACUAUUACAGUUACACUUUUCCUAUGUGACCAUUAGUGUGUAGGCCCUUUUUUACAUCAUAUAACAAUGUACUCACAUUUCGAUGUCGAAAAUCUAACUGUACUUUUAUACUUAAUAGGUAGUUGCUAUGGAAGUUUUUGAAUCUAUUCUCUCCAAAAACACUUGUACCUAUUCACUUGGUUCCAAUCUAGGGUAGUUCUUCUGGUUUUUA